UCAACCUCUCUCACCUUAAUAAAACCCAAACAGCCGCCGAUACAUUUUCUCCGGCGGUACACCGGAGAACUCAUUCUUCUGUACGACUAACUUAAGUAGUUAAUUUCAGUUUCCACUCACUUAUCUUCCCAAUUUGAUGAAUCAGUGAUUCAAAAAAUCAAAACUUUUUUUCAUUUGAACUGAAGCAAUGUUAUCGACAUUGCAACCACCACGUUCUCUCUCACUCCUCCCUCUCCGACGAUUCCAAAGCUCUAGACCCAUUGUCUCCGCAGCUGCUUCAUCUUCUUCCACUAUCUCUCCUCCACAGUCUCAGAUUCUCACCACUCGUCGUUCACUCCUCUCCGGCGAAACCACAGCUGUCGAAAUCGCAAAAUCUUACCUUUCUCGUAUCCGUCUCACUGAACCACAGCUCAAAUGCUUCCUUCACGUGUCGGAGAAUGUUCUCAAAGAUGCUGAAGAGAUUGAUCAACGAAUCGCUAAAGGUGAGGAAUUGGGUCCUCUCGCCGGAGUUUUGAUCGGGGUUAAGGAUAAUAUAUGUACUGAAGGUAUGCCUUCUACUGCUGCUUCGAGAAUCUUAGAGCAUUAUCGUCCUCCGUUCGAUGCUACGGCGAUUAAGAAGAUUAAAGAAUUGGGUGGGAUUGUUGUUGGUAAGACUAAUAUGGAUGAAUUUGGAAUGGGAAGUACCACUGAAGCUUCUGCCUUUCAGGUAACUGCCAAUCCUUGGGAUUUGACUCGUGUGCCGGGAGGUUCAUCAGGAGGAUCAGCAGCAGCUGUUGCAGCAAGACAGUGUAUGGUGUCACUUGGUAGUGACACUGGUGGAAGUGUGAGACAGCCAGCUUCGUUUUGUGGUGUUGUUGGUCUUAAGCCUACUUAUGGACGUGUCUCUAGGUUUGGACUUAUGGCUUAUGCAUCUUCUUUGGAUGUGAUUGGGUGUUUUGGGUCUACGGUAGCUGAUGCUGGGAUGCUUCUUCAUGCUAUUUCUGGGUAUGAUAGGUUUGACUCCACGAGUAGCAAACAAGAUGUGCCUGAGUUCCAAUCUCAGUUUCUCUCUGUGGAUCAUUUUGAGUCUAAACCAUUGAAGGGAGUGAAAGUUGGUAUAAUUCGCGAGACACUUGAAGACGGCGUUGACUCUGGAGUGAAAUCUGCUACUCAGGAAGCUGCGUCUCACUUAGAAGCAUUGGGCUGUAUAUUGACAGAGGUCUCCCUUCCUUCAUUCUCUCUUGGACUACCAGCUUACUAUGUUAUUGCCUCAUCAGAGUCAUCUUCGAAUUUAUCACGUUAUGAUGGUGUCAGAUAUGGAAAUCAAGUUAUGGCUGAAGAGCUCAAUAGGCUGUAUGAACGUUCCCGUGGAGAAGGAUUUGGGGGAGAGGUGAAAAUGAGAAUUUUAAUGGGGACAUAUGCACUCUCUGCCGGUUACUACGAUGCUUACUACAAACGAGCUCAACAGGUGAGAACACUAAUUCAAAAGGACUUCAAAGCAGCGUUGGAACAGAACGAUAUCCUUAUUUCUCCAGCAGCUCCAUCUGCUGCAUACAAGAUUGGUGAAAAGAAAAAUGAUCCACUGGCAAUGUAUGCUGGAGAUAUUAUGACGGUCAAUGUGAAUCUGGCAGGACUUCCUGCAGUGGUAUUACCUUGUGGAUUAGUCGAAGGUGGUCCGUCGGGUCUUCCUGUUGGUCUUCAAAUGAUCGGUGCCGCGUUUGAUGAGGAGAAAUUGCUUAGAGUGGGACAUAUAUUUGAGCAGACACUUAAAGGUUCAGGCUUUGUUCCUCCAUUGUUAGCCAACGUAGCCUAACCAUGAAACUUACCAAAGGCUCUUUUUUGCGUUUUUUACUUUUCAUGUUUGGUUUAAUCAACGAAUUAUCAAUUGUAACUAUAUCAAUUGUAACUACCAAUUUAUUAAAUUGCUCUAUAUAGUUUUUUGUCUUUCUUUUUUGUUGUUAA